AUGGCAGCUCACCGGCCACCCGGCUUUAAGUUUAGUGCCCGGGGUCCCUGGCAGCUGUACCAAGACCAAGGGCUGCAGAGAAGACACAGGGAACGGGGCGGGUCAGAGAUCCUGCUCAUUCGCUAUUGGAGCCUGUGUUAUCGCUGGUGUCCGUGGCAAUGUGCGGACACUUUGUCGUGUGAGAGAUACUCCACACUCAAUGGAAAGAUCUCACCUUUUAUCUGCCGCUGCGAGCUGUGUUCAGAAGCUGGGAGCCAGCAGCAGACGGCGGCUGUGCUGUUAGUGAGGGGCCCUGCUGCUGUGACAUGCUCUAAGAUGAAGGUAUGGAAGGUAGUGGUGGUCGCCUCAAUGCUCUUCAGUACCAUAUUUUCAGCUCUUAUUUACAGAAACAUGUCCAUUAGAGGGAGAACAAUUACUCCAUCCUCAUCAGAAGAGCAGCAGUCCCAGGACCCAAGACUGCCACCCAGCCCCCAGUCUUACAAAGUGAAAUAUAAGAACAUAUUUAAAACCCACACUGAUGAGGAGGCCAAGGAGCUGGUCCGAGCCUUGAUUCAAAGAUACAGAAGAUCACCAGAUUCAAAGCACAAGAGUCGGACUCAUUCUCGACAAGCUUUAAGAAGUAAGAGAGCAAAAUCAAGAGCGACCAAAGGGUGUACCUUGAAAGAGAUCAACGUGACUGUCAGUGAUCUGGGGUUCGCCCAUGUCUCAGAGGAGGUUGUGCGCUUCAGAUAUUGUACUGGAUCUUGUGAUGCCGAAGAGAAAAACUAUGACCUGACUCUGAAAGCCUUGAGAAAUUCAAAGCGAAUUAAAAAGGAUAAGGUCCGAGCGCGGCCAUGCUGUCGGCCUACGCUUUAUGACGAUGAUGUCUCUUUCCUGGAUGAUAACUUUCAUUAUUACACUCUUCGACAACUCUCAGCGAAGGAAUGUGGCUGUGUUUGAGGGACAGACCACACAAUGCAAACAUACAUGUCCCUUCCUCACAAUGAACAGGAGCCUUCAGACCUUGCUCGGCUCUGAGCCCCAGUCAGAGUGUCAUUUCUUGGCGAGAUAUCUACAGGAGGAGAUGAGUAGCUUGAAGAUGCGGAGGGAUCAUUAAUCUCCAGCCCUUUGAGAUGAAGAGUUAGAGUGCAUCAAGAAGUAACAGGCUCAUCAAAGAACUUGUCAACACAGUUUUGUUUGCCAUACUAUGUGGCCUUUUGUUUCCAAAUGUGCUAUAAAAUGCAGUCUAUGGCCAGACUUGUGUCAGUGGGAAUGUGGGUUUCGUUUUGCAGUUGACUUUCUUGUACUUUUCACCAGACUCAAUGGAUUUCACAAUUCAGGAUGGUAAUCCCAGGGUCACAGUCUGUGCAGAAGGAAGAUGCUUUGAAUAACUUCACCCUCUCUCUCCCUCUUACCUUCCUCCCCCAUAUAUAUUUUACGUAUAUAUAUAUAUAUUUUAAAAAUGCAACCACGAUUCUCAUCUAAGUGGCCAAUGAUGCAGAACUUCAAGAGAUCUUCCUUCCCUGAACUUGCUGGGAAGAAUUUUAAUGCUCUUAGUUAGUCUGUGCCAGAGCGAGCAGACUGACUGAUGCUGAUAAGCAGGCACCUGUAAAUCAUUAUGACCUGAAUCCCAUCAAGUUUUAAGGAUUAAAUCAAACAAAUUAUUAGAGGAUUGUACUGGGUCACGGUGGCACUGUUGCAUUGCUAGUCAGCUAAAUCCCUUGUAAAAUGAUCAAACCAAAGUUGAUUAACAUUCAGUGAAUGUAGGGUGUGAAAUUCCACCAAGCUGUUAUUCUUGACAGGCAUGAAAAAUGUGAUUGAAAUUCAGAAUUCUGCAAUGUUACCUGACUAAAUAAUGAGUUAGGUUAUUUGUAUACUCAUAGUAUGAGACAAAAGCAGUAGAUACACAACAGUAACCUUCAUUCUCUUUGUCUUCCGCAAACUAAAUCAGCCCUUUCAAUUCCACUACCUGUGCUGGUUCCAUUGUCCGUUCUCUCUGUCCCUCUCAUUUCUGUCAAGCCACAAUCUCUAUUUGUCUCAGUGAGCACCACACUUUCUACGGUCUGAUUAUCAUCCAGUGUGAUUUUAAUAAAGAAUAUUUUCUUUGUUCUUAAGUUCACUGGCAAAGCCAGCAUUUAUUGCACAUGCUUAAUCGUGCUUGAGAAAAUGGCUUACUGCCACCCCCCAUGAAAUGCUGCAUGUUCUUAUGAAAUUCUGUCAUCCUCAGUUUUAAUGAAGGCAUUACAGGGUUUAUGCUACAUUAGAACAACAGACAAACAAAAUUGAUAUCAACAUUGAUAUUCAAUAUUAAAAUCACACAGGAUGAUUUCAAUCCAGUCAUUUUAUGUUAAGAGGGCAUUUAGCAUCUACUUGUACCCCAUACGGCAGGGAUAAGAUAUGGAGCCAGUAAGUACAAUAAGAAGGGAAAGUAUCCAGAAUCUUUGCAAGAGUUUCUGAGACUCAUAUUCAGAAAGUCUGCAUUUCACAUUAAAACUGCACAUUACAUCAAACCAGCAACAUGUUUCCUCCACAGUUUAAUACUAAUGCUUAUUUUUCUUUCAUAAAUAUCCUUGAUUUCCUUUAUUGUUUGUGUUGCAGCCUAUGAUACCAGCACCUAGUUCCCAUUUACACCAAUCCUGGUACUAGUAUUCCCGACAUGUUGCUCACUAGCACCUGCACAACUGACACUGGUGCCACCAACAAUGUGGUCCUGGAACUAUCUAAACCACUGCUGCUACAAUUGUGCUACCAACAGUUCUGAACACUAGUUCAUUACACAAAUUAUAACGAAUGAAAGGGGCAGAUGUUCCAUUGAAGAAUGAUCAUAUUUGGACUCAGGAUAGAGUACGCAUGCUCCAGACAUUAUACAUUACCAGGAAGGUGAACUAGAUGGACCGUAGUCAUUUCGAGUAUGGCAUUCCCAUGUUACAGAAGGUCCAUGGGGGGAAUGAUUCUGCCAACAGGACAACCGUUACAGGUAAUGUAACCCCAGAAACUUGACCCUAGCUCUAACUCCUAAAUGUUUCCUAAAUUUACCAGAAAUAUUAGGAGGAAAUGAGCUCAUGCCAAUGUUCAUAACAUUUUAUUAAAAUGUAAAAUUAACAAGUUUUAGUGUAGUUUUCCACUGUUUAUUUAAUUCUUAACUAGACUUCAUUAUGUUCCCUGACUAACUGGAAGUGCCACAGAGUUCGUCAUCUGGUUCUAGCCUAUGAUAUGUAAACACGCCUUGGUUCGCAUAAUAUCAUCACAAAAGUAUUGAUCCUCCCAACUCCCAUUUUCUGCACCAACCUUCACCAAUUUGUCCAUUGAACUAAAGUUUCCCAAAUGGAAAAACCAAUAAAAUUUAGAAAUAAUGGAACUGGUUGAGACUUGGCUUGUUUAUCUCAAUGGAAGACAAGUCCUGUAAUUUCUAAGUUUUGCUCAUUUGUACUCCUAAAACAGCAGAGCAGAAAAAUAUAAAGUGAAAUGAUUAUAUAACUUGUAAGUUAGUGUAUCAAUGUAAAGAGUUGGGACUAUCCAGUUGCAAACCUAACCUACUGACAUUCUUAACUUAGUGAAAUUCCUCUACUUUGGGAUUACCCACAAUACAUUCAUUUCAUCCAAAACACUCUAUUUCCAAGGUUGUUCAUGAAGAAUCAUGCCCUCCUAGCAAAUCAGCUUUAUGCAAAAUCUAAUUAAAAUUAACAUUGAUGUUGUACCCCAUGCAGCCAUGCCUUGUAUUGUGAUACAGAACUACAAUGAUCCCAGCACCAAUGCUUUUGGCAUCUACCCUAACUAUUCCAAAAUUCUAUUUUUAUAAUUAGGCAGUAGCUAGAAACUCACAUACAUUACAUACAUUAGUUAACAUGGUCCCUUCCCAAUCAUCACCUUUUUAACAUACAACUAUUUGGAAAUGUAAACAAGCCACUAAUUACUUCUAACUGUUAGACUUUAUUUCAGGGAGCUAGGUCAGGUCAAUCAGAAGUGGAGGACACAACACAAAACUUACUCAUGGAGAUACAGUUCCUGUGUUAAUCCAGUCUUAUGGUCACAAUGCAGAGAGAGAGAGAGGAGGGGGAAAGAGAAAAGUUAGCAUUGAGAAGUUCUAUUUGACUUUUGAAGUUAGAUAUUUUUGAAGUGAGGUCGUCCUUAGGUAGAGUGCUGGAUCGAGGCACAGAUUAAUGAUUGACCCUUAACUGACAUGGAUGCUAUGACCUGGCAGGAGAUUUCAUCAACAAAAAAAGGUGGAAAACAAACUACACAGUUGACACAGGUCGUUAUUAAAAAGGAGGCAGGGACAAUAAAUGUUGUUUGGCAAUGUUGUAAUGGUAAAGGAGCAUUGUGUGUGGAGUGUUGUGUUCUCUUGCUUUAUGUUCUCAUUUUUAAACCAAAAGCACUUAAACAUUUACCUCUGAAAAACAUAACUGUACAAAAUCAUCUUUCCUGCCUCUGGUGUUGGACAACCAUGACCGACUGAAACAAUUUGAUGCAAUGCAUCGGUGUCAGUGAAACCGUCUAUUUAUUGGAGAGUAAAUUAUGUUAUUUAUUUAGUAUUAUUACAAACAAACAAUCUGUUUAUUUAUUUGAAACAGUAUAAUGUGCCAAAGCAGAGUUCCUUUCAUUACAGUCUCUUCCUA